AUGGAAGACAUGAAGUUUCUGGCCGCCGACUUGUACGUGUGGAACUCAGCUUGCGAGUCUUUCGACGGCGAGCUCCACCUCACGGACUUCAUUACGCCGAUCGACUUCCGCAACCUCACGAUCAUCCAUGGCAGCCUCGUCAUUUCCAGUACCAAUCUCUACAAGUUGCCGACAUUCCGCAAUCUUCAACGUAUCAACACCAAAGGAGGUCGAUUGGGUUGGUUUUCUACAAUAAAAUAGGAAAAAUUGGGCAAACUAAAUGCUUAGAUUAAAAAGAUCAUUUUUUUCUCAUUUUUUUCAAUAUUUGCACCGAUCACACGUUGACUUUUCGUACUUCAUUCAUAUUGAGAACUUCAGCAGAAAACCAUUCUCGGUUAAAAGUCAUCAAAAAAAAAACUCAUACAUACUUUUGAAUUUUCAGUGAAGGUUUUACAAGUUAAAAUUGAUUAUUACUUCCAGGCCUUGUUAUAACGAACAAUCCACUUCUGAUGGACAUCUCGGGAAUCGCCAACUUGAGCUACGUCGUUUCCAGUGAGAGUCGAAUUUUCCUGCUCCAGAACAACCCAAGUCUUGAUCCUACUCUCCAACCUGUAUUUUAUCCCAACCUAUGGAAUAAUAUUCACCUCUGGUUCAGGAAUGGACCUUUCAGAAGGAUUACUUCAUUUCAAUGGUGACCAGAUCCCCCUCAAUCAGCGAAGACGAAAUCCAGCGUAGCCAUCCUCCUAUCAGCUUUUUCACAAUCCUACUUCAGACAUGACCCUGUCGAUUGGACUUGUAACUUUGUCCGUUCUUCUUUUGACCUUUGCCACCGUGUACAGCAGUGGAAUGGACGUAGGCCUAUCUCGUUUUCUGACUAGAAAAAAAAAUAUAUUUUCAGCUUCUCUACACUAUUCGCAAGGCCACCAGCAAAAAGCGCAAAUGA